CAGCCGGACCUUUCCUGGUCGGCGAGCCGCCAAUGGCGCGGUGACACGGCGGACGGGGCGCCGGUGCGCGGCCCGGCGUACGGCGGCGACACGCGCGGGCCUGUGCUGGCCACGCGGCCCGCGACUAAACAAGGAUUUUCUCCUAGCUAUUGCGACUCCGAGCUGGACUCCAGAGCUAGCGAAAAAGGCAGCGGGAAUCCAACGGACCCUCGAGCCGUCGCGCGACCGCAAGUACGCGAGCCGCGCCACGCGUGAAUCGUGCCUCCGGACGCCCUCGCACGGCGCCUAUUAAUAGGGGCCACGAGCCAGUGUGGAGCAGCAGCCAGUAGCUCUCUGCACUCAGCGCCCAAGAGUGCGAGUGCAACCCAAGACACACAGCCGCUCUGCACCCAGUGGCCGGCCACUUUGCUACUUCAGGCCAGAGCUGCUGAUCGGUUUCCGUAUAAGUAGGGGCGAGCUGCCGCUUCUCCCUGUGCUCUCAUCCCUCCUCUCACAGUCCUCCGUCCGAGCACGUAUAUACCCUGAACGAGCGAGCGAACGAUCGGUUGAUCGAUCGACCUCUCAGGCAAGCAUCCACUGUGUAUGGAGGAGGGCGCGGCCGCGAGCAUGACCGUGGGGGAGAAGCGGGUGGCCGUCGACGUUCCCACGGACGCUGCCGCGGCGGCGAACGGGCACGGCCCGGAGGAGAAGGCGGCGGAGGAUGUUCCAGCGCCGUCUGCAUUGUCCGGCUGGCCCAGGACGACAGGGAUGUACCUCUUCGUCAUGAACAUCAGGAGCGUCUUCAAGCUCGAUGAGCUCGGGUCGGAGGUGCUGCGCAUUGCGGUGCCGGCGUCGCUUGCCUUGGCCGCCGAUCCCCUCGCCUCCUUGGUGGACACAGCAUUCAUCGGACGUCUAGGUUCGGUGGAGAUAGCAGCUGUUGGUGUUUCUAUUGCCAUAUUUAACCAAGUCUCGAAAGUCUGCAUCUACCCACUCGUUAGCGUAACAACAUCAUUCGUCGCUGAAGAAGAUGCCAUCAUUAGCAAGUACCUAGAAGAAAAUAACAGCAAAGACCUUGAGAAAGCCGCUCAUGUGCAUUCAGAUGCCUGCAAUGUGCCCGCAUCUGGUGGUGAUACGCCAGUGUGCGCUAAUUCUUGUAUACCCACAGAGUGUGCUGAUCUCUCCAAUCAAGGGUGCAAGAGAAGGUACAUACCUUCUGUGACAUCGGCUCUAAUUGUUGGCUCAUUUCUCGGGCUAGUCCAGGCCGUGUUCCUCAUCUUUUCGGCGAAAGUUGUGUUGGGCAUCAUGGGUGUGAAACAUGACUCACCAAUGCUAGAACCCGCGGUUCGAUACCUAACGAUCAGAUCACUUGGUGCUCCCGCUGUUCUCCUGUCUUUGGCAAUGCAGGGUGUUUUCCGAGGCUUCAAAGAUACAAAGACACCGUUGUAUGCUACCGUGGUUGGAGAUGCAACAAAUAUCAUCCUAGACCCAAUUUUGAUGUUUGUUUGCCACAUGGGUGUCACUGGUGCCGCAGUUGCUCAUGUCAUUUCCCAGUAUCUGAUAACCAUGAUCUUGAUAUGUCGGCUCGUCCAGCAAGUUGAUGUUAUCCCACCGAGCCUUAAAUCCCUGAAAUUUGGGCGGUUUCUUGGGUGUGGAUUCCUGCUGCUCGCGAGGGUGGUAGCGGUGACAUUCUGCGUCACUCUGGCGUCGUCGCUGGCAGCCCGCGACGGGCCAACCAUCAUGGCGGCCUUCCAGAUCUGCUGCCAGCUCUGGCUCGCGACGUCGCUUCUCGCCGAUGGAUUGGCCGUUGCUGGACAGGCAGUGCUCGCAAGCGCGUUCGCCAAGAACGAUACCAAGAAGGUGAUUGCCGCGACCUCUCGUGUUCUGCAGCUGAGCAUUGUUCUGGGGAUGGGUCUCACAGUGGUGCUCGGUCUCUUCAUGAAGUUCGGCGCCGGCGUUUUCACAAAGGACGCCGCUGUGAUCGACGUCAUCCACAAAGGCAUCCCGUUUGUCGCCGGCACGCAGACGAUAAACGCCCUGGCGUUCGUGUUCGACGGCAUCAACUUCGGAGCACAAGACUACACCUACUCUGCAUACUCCAUGGUUGGGGUGGCGUCCAUAUCCAUACCAUGCCUGGUGUACCUUUCUGCGCACAAGGGAUUCAUCGGCAUAUGGGUCGCAUUGACCAUCUACAUGAGCCUCAGGACCGUAGCCAGCACCUGGAGGAUGGGGGCAGCGAGCGGGCCAUGGGCUUUCCUCCGGAAGUGAUGGAUCGGCUCGCAAGAUUGAUGGCGGUUUGUCUACAGUGCAUAGCUGGUAGAUAGCCAUAUGCAUACGCUCGUUCCAUGUAAUUAGAAUAAGUGUAGUAUUGUGUUGCUGUUCUAAGCUUGGGGUAUUGGAGUUAGAUGAUGGGGCUUAUUGCUUUGCUUCGCGGCCGUCUGCCUUUUGUUGGGGGAGAGAGAGGCUACUCUGAUCUUGUGAUUCAUGUCCUUGUUCUGUGCCGGAGAUGGCUAUUUAAUUGGACCAGUGCUCUGUAAAAAUCAUACUACAUUGAUACAUUGGUCUAUCCCUAGUUAUGUCGUUUUUCCUCUCUUAA